GGUUGGUCUCCUAAGUCCUAAGGCCUAAGGCCUCUUUUUGUUAUAUAUUCCCAAGUGAGUGAUGCGCAGAGGCAGAGCAGUCUCACUCUGUUCCCAAAACCCUAAUCCGAAAUCUGCAUGGCUCCGAAGCAGAAGCUGCGCCCUUCCCAUCUGGAGGACCCUCCCACCGCAUCCUCUUCCUCCUCCGGCGAAGAAGACCAACAGCCAUCCUCUCAACAGCGCCAAGAGGAUGAAGUUCCGUCCGCAGAAGAGGAAGAAGAAGAAGCUUCCUCCCAAGAAGAUGAAGAGGAUGACGACCUCCCACCCCCUCCUCCCACAAACCCCCAAUACCAACCCUCAUCCUCCGAAACUGAUACCGACUCCGGAUCCGAGACUGAAUCCGAACCCGACCCCACUCCUGCCAAGGUAAAGCCCCUCGCCUCCAGGCCCAUGGACCAGCCCCAAAAGCCCAAGCCCCAGCCCUCCGCGGCGCCCUCCAAAACCAUCGGACUCAAGCGCACUGUCGAUAACAACAACAUCGCUGACCCCAAACGCCCCAAGAAGAAACCCGCCAAUUCUUCUUCUUCCACCGCCGCCACCGCCACCGCCGCCGCCUCCGACGAUGAGAUGGAGGAGGACGGGAAGAAGUCCGGCGAUCAGGCCAAAAAGUCUCGGCUUUGGAGCGAGGAGGACGAACUCGCGAUUCUGAAAGGCAUGGUUGAUUUCACUUCGAAAACAGGGCAGGACCCUCUCAAGUUCACCAAUGCCAGUGCUUUCCACGACUUCAUGAAGAAGCUGCUGCACGUGGAGGUCACCAGCAACCAGCUGAAGGAGAAGGUCAGAAGGUUGAAGAAGAAGUUUGAAACCACUGCUGGGAAAGGGAAGAAUGGGGAAGCUCCCACCUUUUCCAAACCCCACGACCAGAAAGCGUUUGAGUUGUCGAAAAAGGUUUGGGGAAGUGAACAGGGUUUGGGUGCCGUUGCCAUUGCCAAUGGGCCCGUGGAAAAGCCCAAGUCCAAUGGGAGUGUUGCCAAGAGUCCGAAGAAGAAGGAAUCCAGUAGCAGGAACGUGGCUUCUGCCAGGAAACCCAAGCCUGAAGCGAAACCUGAACCUCAGGAGCAGGAGAAAGUGUCCUCGGUGUUGAAGGAGGUUGAAAAGGUGGAGGCUGACCAGAAGCUCCAUGGUGGUUGCUCUAGUUCGCUUUGGCGUGAGUUGUGUAACCAGAAAAGGGGUGUUUUGCUGAAUGAGGAUGCAGUGAAGAUGGGAUUGGAGCUGAUUGGAGAAUCGAAGAGGGCAGAGUUGGAAGAGAAGUGGAGGAAAUUUCGACUUGCUGAGAUGAAACUCUUUGUGGAUCGUCAACUACUCAUUGCGGAGCACACUAGGUUGAUAGUUGAGGCGCUUGAGUCAUCUAACAAUUAGGGUUCUCAAGUGUGGUAGCUGUCAUUUGGUGGCCUUUUUGUUCCUCCGCGCCAUAUGUUUUGUGGAUCUAUUAUUAUGCAUUGUAAUUUUGUGGCUAUGGUAUGGUCUAGUCGCUUUAUUAGUUGCAUUGUUGUUUAGAUAUUGCCAUUAUGAAAUUGUUCUGCUUUACAAGGUACUUUGAAAUUAUGACAAAUGGUUCUCUUAUUUAAGAUAUCUUAUUUGUGACUA